AACGGGCCGGAGGGGGGUUUGACAGCGCCAUCGGUGCUGUUCUCCUGUGCUUGAGCGCUGUCCUUUUCCUUGCGCUGUCCUGCAAAGCAUCAGCAUUCUUGUCCUGCCAGGCUGACGGCCAGGCUGCCGGGACUCACUGCGGCGAUACCCCCGCUGGGCAAUGCGGUUCUGCGCUCGACGACGCUCCACGGGGUCAUUGAUAUUGGCCCAGUUCUCGCCCACAACACCCACGGCACUAGGUCAUGACGAGAUUAGGUUCCAGCUCAGGACACUCCCAGGGGAGCCAGUGGGUGGGGAGCACCGACGUGAUCAUGGCAGACACAGGCUUUCGACGCUCACUGGGCAUGCAGACGGCCAGCAAAAGGCACGGAAGGAGAUCAAGCGGGGCGGGUCACUCAGGCGUCGCACGACAGUCUCCGCCAUGAUCCCUUUUUCUCCUACUCGACCUUCCAUGGUGGCCGAUCGCGUAUUUAAGAUCGACGCCUGGCUGCCCUUGCUCGCGGCAAAAACCCGAGAGGCGCGAGCCCCGUCCGGUGUCUUACAGGACACGAGCAGGAAAACGAAUAAAAAUGAUUCAAGCAGAAUCGGGCCAAGUGAGUGAGGAGAUGCUGAUGUGCAUAUCUGGGGAGGGGGCCAAAUAAAGGGGCAAUAGACGGGAAUCUGGUAGCAAUAGGCGAUUGUACCAGGGUCUA